CGUUCCGAGUAGCACAAAAAAAGGCCACCUCUUCCCCCAGUUUACUAUUUUUGUUUUGAAAGUCCCCAAUAUUUCACAACCUAGAUCUAACCGUCUAAUUUGUAAUUCCCCUCCCUUUCUCUCCUCUGUGUUAUUGAAUCAAGAAAAUGGCGACAGCUCGCGAAGAGAACGUGUACAUGGCGAAGCUGGCCGAGCAGGCCGAGCGCUACGAGGAGAUGGUGGAGUUCAUGGAGAAGGUCACGGCCGCGGUGGAGAACGAAGAGCUGUCCGUAGAGGAGCGUAAUCUUCUCUCGGUGGCCUAUAAGAACGUGAUCGGGGCGCGUCGAGCCUCCUGGCGCAUAAUCUCCUCCAUCGAGCAGAAGGAGGAGAGCCGUGGCAACGAGGACCACGUGGCCACGAUCCGCGACUACCGAUCCAAGAUUGAGUCGGAGCUCUCCUCCAUCUGCGACGGCAUUCUCAAGCUCCUCGACUCACGCCUCAUUCCCUCCGCCUCCUCCGGUGACUCCAAGGUUUUCUACCUGAAGAUGAAAGGCGAUUACCACAGGUAUUUGGCAGAGUUCAAGACCGGAACCGACCGCAAGGAAGCCGCUGAGAGCACCCUUACUGCCUACAAAUCCGCUCAGGACAUUGCCAACGCUGAGCUGGCUCCUACACAUCCAAUCCGGCUUGGGCUUGCUCUGAAUUUCUCUGUGUUUCACUAUGAGAUUCUGAAUUCCCCUGAUCGUGCUUGCAAUCUUGCUAAACAGGCUUUUGAUGAAGCAAUUGCCGAGUUGGAUACCCUGGGUGAGGAGUCAUACAAGGAUAGCACUUUGAUCAUGCAACUUCUCCGUGACAACCUCACUCUUUGGAGCUCUGACAUGCAGGAUGAUGGGGCAGAUGAGAUCAAAGAAGCAGCACCCAAGCGGGAUGAUGAACAGCAGGCAGCUCAUUGAACUAUGUGUUAGACUCAACUUCUCCUCUAUGCGUUUUAACUGGAGAAGAUCAGAAGGUUCAUUGAUACGUUUGUUGGAUGUUUGAUGAAUACUUUCAGAAUACCCACCAUGAGCAUAGUUAAUUGGUUCCCAGGGCAUGAGCAUGAUCUCAUACCGAUUUUCCUUUGAUGGUUUUCUCCACACUACUGCAGUCCACUCUUUGACUUUCCUUACGUUUGCGUUUGAAUCGAAAAUAAUUAUGAUAGCCUGUUUGAACUGUGAUUGGCAUCCAGUUAAAUAUUCGUUGGUGUUGGGCGAUGAACCUUAUGAAAAUUAUGGUCGAAAGCUGAAGCUUGUGUUGUCGACUCA